AAAAAAAAUAAUAUAAAAUUAAUAAAAGCAUUCGGGGUGCUCUGUUUUUUUUUUCUCGAAAGCAAGGAGGGGGUAGUGAGUAAUUUCACUAGUUUUCAGGGAUUGGCAAGUAAAACACACAAUCACGUGCGACUCACGCGAACACCAUCUCUGCCUUCUUCCUCAACAGCUUCUUCUACCGAUCUCGCCGUCGCCGCCGCCGUGCAGCGCGCGCGCCACACUCUCAGCCUCGUUCCGCUCGCGCUAUGCUCACGCGAUGCGCAGCAUCCGCAUCACUGGCAUCAUCGUUGUCCAAAUCGCUCUCCUCCUCCUUCUCCCAAUCCUCUUCCAUGUCCGUCUACUCCUCCAAGUCCCAUCGCCGCCCCAAGAAGAAGAUCUACCACCGCGAACCCCUACUUGAUCAGGCCAUGGAUCUUCAGAAGAAGCCUGCUCUCCUCCUCCGCCUCCGCUCCCUCAUCCUUUCCCGCCCCUCGUACUCGCUCCUCCUCCGUGACCUCGAGAAGGAAGUCGGAUUCGUCCCCAAAUGGUCUUUCCUUUCCCUCAUCCAACGCUACACGUCCAUUUUCAAGGUCUCCGGUGGUGCCCCCUCCCGCUCGCCGAUCUCUGUCACUCUCACCGACAAAGCCUUCAAGGUCUCACUCGAGGAAGCCCGAGCUCGAGAUCUCAUGGAGCCCAUUUUGGUCAGGAAUCUCAGGAAGUUGCUGAUGUUGUCCAUGGAUUGCCGUGUUCCUCUGGAUAAGAUCCGCCUCGUUGAGUCGGAGCUCGGCUUGCCGAAAGACUUCGAGGAUGUGUUGAUUCCCAAGUUCCCGGAUUACUUCUCGAUCAAAAGUGUUGAUGGUGUGGAGUUUCUUUGCCUUGAGACUUGGGAUUCUUCGCUGGCGGUCACUGUUCGAGAGGAAAGGUUGGAUCUUGGGGCUGUUCCGGUGGAGAAGAAGAAAGAUAAGAGGGUGCCGAGGGAUGGGAAUUAUGAAGGCCCAUUUGCGUUUAAGCUGAAGUUCCCAGCGGGUUUCAGACCAAACAAGAGUUAUCUUGAGGAGGUGGUGAGAUGGCAGAAGAUGGCAUUCCCUUCGCCGUACUUGAAUGCCAGAAAAAUCCAGCCUGCGACGCCACAGGCGAGGAAAAGAGCAGUUGCUGUGCUGCAUGAACUCUUGAGCUUAACAAUGGAGAAGAGAUUAACUUCAGAUAAGCUGGAUGUGUUUCACAAUGAGUAUCAACUGCCUUGCAGGCUGUUGCUUUGCUUGGUGAAAAAUCAUGGGAUUUUUUACAUUACUAAUAAGGGUGCAAGGAGCACUGUGUUCCUCAAGGAGGCUUAUGAUGGUUGUAAUUUGAUUGAAAAGUGCCCCUUGUUGAGAUUUAAUGACAGGUUCGUGGCUCUUAUUGGCAGGACAUCUCCGGACUUGGAUGUUCGAAUGCUUGCUUAGCGGUGGGCUUUGGUAUGUGGAUUAUGGGACUUCUGUCUAAUGCUAUGUCAUACUUUUUAAUUGUUUUAUCUGCUGAUAACAUCUUAGGUUUUUCUUGGUCCUUAUUGAGACUAAAUUUUGUUAACUGAAGAAGUAAUUUUUUGCUCCCUCUCUGAUGCAUUUUUAAUACUGACUGAUUUGUUGUUCUUGAUAUGCAUCAACAUAUUUAAGGAUGUAAAAUGUCUUUUGCAAUGUAAUAUACUUGGUUUGAUCAUCUUUGAUAACCAGACAUAAUAUUACAUAACUAGCAGUUGUAGUAGUCUGAUGUAUAUUCUUGUUAUCAUAUUGUCUGGUAUAUGUGGACGCUAGUCUGUUCUUUCUCUUCUCUUUCAUCUUAAUGCCAAAUAAUUGGUUAUCACUUUCUUUGACUUGUUUUAUUUGAAAUUUGAAAAUGGAACCAUCUUCUGGUAUGUUUCUCCUGUUAUGACUGUGGUUCAACAUGGUAAAAAGGCAUUCUAAAUAUGAGCAGCCUCACCUUUGGAAAGAGGGAAUGAAUAAAUGUGGAAUUGCCCUCUUCUGCUGUCUCAAGAUGCAGGUUUCAGUUCUUGCUUCUCUUUCGGGUGGCAUGUUCAAGUCAAGAUUUAAAUUGUGAUAUAUCAGAACCAAUUUUGAGUCUGAUGAAUACAGAGUUGCCCUUCUCCACUGCAUGCAUUUGCCCAGAUCUAGAAUUUAAAUUGGGUUUUGUUAAAUUGAACUUCUCUGCAACUCACUUUGCUACCUAUUCAGUGUGGUCUCCUAGCAUGUGAGAAAUGUUUAUUGCUGCUGCAAAUGUUUCACUGGGGUUUCCGUCUGAUGGGCAUGAAUGGACAAUGAGAAUGAUCAAUUGAUUGUUGGUGCAGUAAGGUUUUUUGGCCAGACAUACUGUCUUGGUUUUUGCCUACGGCUUUGGGGAUGUCACCAUGUCGGAGAGGGCAUGCUGUUGUAGAAGACAAUAUUAUGUCAUUCUACCAGGCUGAGCAUUGAAGGAACUGAUUUCUGGCUAAAAUGCCCACCUCGUAUCCUAUGAAUGGAUAGCUCUAAUCACAAAAACUCCUGAUUUUUAUUGCUGUGUGCUGAUCUCUGGCUGCGGAUGUGGUGUCCAAUGAAUGCUUUACAAAUUUUAUAAAAGAUGUUUACAGUAUCAAUGCAGUAAUAUUUUAUCCAUGGUGAGGAUGAUGGUGGAAUUGCUUAGUGCUAAUGAAGUAGUAGUAUGGAUAUGUAUCAACAAUUGGUGUUUUCAUAAGGCUCUUGGCUGAUCUAAUGGUUAUCUGGAUUGCUUGGGGUUUUAGACAAGCCACCACUAACUUGCUUCCUGAUCAAGGUAAUGUUUUCAUAACGAAUGGUGUCUUGGUCUUUACACCCCUGGGUCUUCAUGUUAUACCAGAAGCAUCAUAUCAGUUGAACUGAUGACAGAAAAAGAUUAUAACCGUAAGUAUGUAUGUACUUGGGCUCACCAGUCUUGAUCUCACAAGUAAAGUGAAAUUCUUGAUCUAUAUGAUUCAUCCUGUCCGUAAAAUUCCUUCUUAGUGGAAACUUAAAUGGAGUAGCAUAUGCAUUGUCACCUUAUCUUUAUAGUGCAUAGAUACUCAAACUAAUUAUAAUAUAUCAUGGUGAGUUUUGUAGACAAUGGGUGGAGGAAUCACUGAGAAUGUUCAGGUGGAUACUAUAUAAAAAAUUAUCUCAAACCCAUUCUGCAGGACAUGCUGAAUUAGUGUAGGUAGGUAACAUUUUGUUCUUGAAUGUUGCGAUUGUUGCCAUUCGCACAUGGUAAGCAUACCUAUAUGACCAUCUCAAGUUUUUCUUCUAUCUAUUUUCUUGAGAAGGAUUUAGUCAAUCUAGUUAUAAUAUAUCAUGGUGAGUUUUAUAAAAAUGAUCAAAAUCUGAAACACAAUCUGUUUGAGUAAAAAUAUUAAGUGGUAGAAUGUGUAAGAUUCUGAGUGUCAUUUAGAGGUGAGCAUUGGCUAGGACUUAGGAGGACUAGAUAUCAUAUUUCUGUGACUAUUUUAUGCUAGGUAAUGCCAACUGUAUUUGCAUAUGUAACUUUAAUGGUUAACAUAAUGAGUUCUUUCUCAAGGUAUUGCACGUAGCAAAAGAAAUAGUGCUAGAAGUGUUUGUAAAGUUGAUGCAAUGAGCUAGAUAUUCUCUUUUCUACUUCAUGCCGUACUGUACAAAAGGUUGAGCUUUAAUUUUAAUCUACUUUCCACUAAGAUUUGGUUUGGCAUAGAAGUUUUGUGGCCAUAUUUGGGUAGGAUUUUAGGAUGCCAUGGCGAGAUUGGAAGGCGACGGUCCCUAUUGUCCCUAUUCAUUAGCAAUUUGUUUGGAUUUUGUCAUGUUGGACUUUAUUCAGAGGCCAAGCAGCCAAAAUUGCUAAGUUUUAGAUUUUCCUUAAACAAAAGAAAUCAUCUUUCACUAGUGUGUUUUCUAGCAAAUCUGGAUACCAAAAGAAACGAAUUCUACUGCUUAUGUAUCAGUGAGCAAAGCCUAAAUUGAGGUUUUUAUCUAUAUCGAGCUCCCUGUAGAAUUUCUAUUGAGGGAUUUGUACCUGCUAAUGGAUUGAGUAGCUGUUGAAGUUGUUGGUUCUUGAUUUCAUCAUACCAUUCAGCAAGAUUCAAAUGUUGGCCCUGGCUUUAUAAGAAAGUACACACAAUUUGGUCAUUAUUUUUAUUUCGUUCUAUUUUUUAAUUUUAAUUAGCAGUAAGGUUGAAGUAACCUACCUGAAAUCAUCUUGCACAUUGGAUGGAAUUCCAAUUUAUUUGAGUGAACCAGCAUUUAGUUUAUCUUCAUUAUUUAUGCAUUAUGUUGUUAUUUCCCCUCUAGAAGCCGAUGUAUCAGGAUACUUAAAUUCUAUACUGGGAAAAUGUAUUUGGUUUCAAAUUCUAUUGAUUUUGGUUGAAUUGAAUGAAAUUGGUCCAACUAACUCGAAUGAUGAUUCAAUAUUUGCUAAAUUUUAAAGCGACAAGGAAAAUCACAAAUACUGUGACAGGAUCUUUCUCAUUGUUCAACCAACCACAAUGGAAGCUUGUUAAUUGUUUGUUCCUAAAGAGAAAUCAUCUUUCCUCUUUACUAUUUAUUUGUCGAAUUAGCAUCAUGAUUUAUAAUGCUCCAUUAGUUGUACUCAGAAUAGAUUCCUUUGUUGGUGGAAGUUUGUUGAAUGAAAAUGCUAGCUCAUUUGUCCAAGGAGAUAACAUGUUGUGGAAUUCAUUCUUCCAUUUGUAAUUUUUAUUUAUUUAUUUAUUUUCUGUGUGAAGUAAUAGAGAAGGACCAUCAUGUUGAUGAUGUCCCUUGGACAUAUUAAUCUUGUCGAGCUUUUCGCUUAUUUACUUGGUAGGGAAUGUUCAGACAUGACUCCUUGAUUUAGAUAUUUUAUCUUUAAAUGAACCCUUUUUUUUGCUGUUGGAAGUUUGUUGAUUGAAAUGCCAUUUCUUUGACACAUUAACCUUGUUGAGAUCUUAGUUUAUUUACUUGACCCCUUUAUAUGCCUUCAAGGUCAUUGUUGAUAUAGCAUUUUUGUUUUACUGAGUGGACCUAGCACAACCACCAAAACCACGGACAAACAUAUUCCGGCCACUUAACACCAGUGGCCUGUCCCCUCUGGCAUUGUCCUGUGCAUCUCCCCACUCUAAGAUAGGAAUGUUUGGUCAUCGGAAUGUUAUUAUUGUGUAGCUGAGCACUAGAUGCAAAAGCAAAAUAUAGAACAGAAUAUAGUGAGAGGGAAUUCAAUUAUCACAACAUCAAAGGACCUAACCAUGUUGUCAUUAGAGUGCGGAAUGACUUGACACUGUAGCAAACGACCAAAUCAUGCAUCAUCUUGACUAUGAACCAUUGUAUGUUGUUCAUGAUGCCAUUUCAAUGGUGGGUCUGUUCCUGUUACUAAAACAAGCAAUGACAUAUGCAAGUGGUGAAUAUUUGCUCUUCUGCAUUAUUGUGACUCCAUUAUGUCAAAGCAACCUGUCGAUUUCGAGCUCCUCUGGAAAGUUGAAAGCUAAAAAGUAUCGGUAGAUCACAUGUUCUUUUGGAUGCUUUCUUAUUUGCCAUUCUUACCGCAACUAAAAGAAAUUUUUGGAUCAGUAUCAUUGGAAGCAAGUUUGGAACAUAUGCUUGAAGGCUAGUGACAGAUAUCACUGAGCAUUUGUUGGAUGCUCUGGUUUCCCUUUUCUCUUGUUUCAUAUCUUCUUCAAAUGGCCCGCUUUAUACUGUUCUAUUAUUGGCCACCAAAAGCACACACUUUCCACCUGUCGCACUUGAUUUCUUGCAACUUAUCGUCGAAACUUUUAUCUGUUCAGUUUUCUUUGCAUCCCUACUUCCUUUCACUAUCUCUGGGUGGUAACAUUUCUGUCGAAACUUUGUGUGCAAGGCCCCAUUUCAACUUUGUCAUAUUCUGAACAUCGAAAGAAUCAGUCAGAAAUGUACACUGAAGACAGCCUUUCACCUCGCGGACAACAAACCCUGCUCUUUGUAUCUUGAAGCAGCCAUCUGAUCAAGCGAUGUUUCGAGAACAAGCAAUGAUGAUGUUGUUGCAAAUCAAAAUUCUUGAUCAAAAGGGAGAGAGGGAGCUGUUGCUUUGUCAAAGUGGGGAGUGUUUGCUUUCAAAUACCGAUUCUUCAUGUUUUCAGGGACCCAGAGAUCAUCAUCAAGGAUAAGAGUACAAGAACCACUGAAGAAAGUGGGUGGAAAGAGACCAAUGAGAUUCUCAUCGAAUGAAAAGAAACCUUUUGUUGAAUUAAUAGGAAAAA